AUGGCCCUAGAGCUGAGCCAGGAGGCACUACUGGACUUUCUGUGCCAGGCUGGGGGCCGAGUGACCAACGCCGCCCUGCUGAGCCACUUCAAGAGCUUUCUCCGAGACCCCGACGCCUCCCCCAGCCAGCAUCAGCAACGCCGCGAGCUCUUCAAAGGCUUCGUCAACUCGGUCGCCGCAGUGCGCCAGGACCCCGACGGCACCAAGUACGUUGUGCUCAAGAGGAGGUAUAGGGACCUUUUGGGGGAGGAGGGGCUGCAGCGACCCCGCGAGCCGCCUGCUGCCGCUGCCCCUGCAAGGGGAACUGCGCCCAGCUCCCCGCCGAGCGCACGCCGCGGGGAGCCUCAACCACCGCAGUCUCGGCGGCGGCGGCGGCGCGACAAGGAGCCAGAGGAGGAGCCAGCAGGUACCGCAGCCCUAGCCGAGGUCGCAGGUUGCAAUGGACUCCUGGCCAGCAGAACCCGGGAAGCGACUAGGGAAGACGGCGGCGAGAGGCUCAGCCCCGGCCGAAGGGCUCCGGUGCCGGUGGCUAAGGCGGCAGCUGCAGCCAGGUGCGCGGCGGCGGAGACGCAGGGCCGCUGCUGCUGGGAAUGUCUCCAGAACAGCCUGGGGGAGCUCCCGGAAGUGCCGCCACUCGGAGCAUUCCUGGACCCUGCCACUGCCAAGGAGAAGCCCGCGCGAGCUCAGCCUGCUCAGGAUGACUGCGGGGCUCCAAGGCAGCUGCCUGAAGGCGCGCGGGGUGAGCCCUCGCGGGUGCCUGCAACGCCCCGCUCGCCUCCCGCCAUCACCGAAGCUGCUGAGUGCAGGGUAUCUCCUGCAGUUCUCCUGCCCCGCCCCACCCCUCCAGGAGACCGACCAGAGCUGUUGACCUCAGGUUCCCUGCACCAUUCCACUCUGCAACUGCAGCAGCAGCGCACUCGAGAAUGGGUAGCCAGACACCCUCAGAUGCCCCAGACCCGGGACCAGGGUCCCAUUCGGGCCUGGUCAGUGCUGCCGGACAACUUUCUCAGGAUACCCUUGGAGCCAAACUUAGAGACUAAAUCACCGCUGUCAGAGCUCCCUCAUUCCUCUCAUUCUCUCUUUCCUGUGGUUCCUGAAGAGUCCCCAGGUUCGUGGCCAGGGAAUCCUCCACAGGCUGUCUUUCGUAGCAUUCGUUGUCAGUUAUCCCUCCAAGAUCUGGAUGACUUUGUGGACCAGGAGAGCCAUGGCAGUGAGGAGAGCAGCAGUGGGCCCAAAGAGUCCCCUGGGGGUUCUGAAGAGGGGUUACAAGUUGCCUUGGGAACCCCAGUUUGGGGAAAGCUCAGGAAUCCAGCUGGGGGCCUAUCUGUACCUCCAAAGAAAGGCAGCCCUCAGAGUCCUCAGGGCCUCAGGAACAGAGGGAACUUUUCCGGUCAUACCUCUCAACAAGUUCCAACAGGGGCUAAAGGCCCCCCACACCACUCCCAGGAGCCUUUGCCUUGGCCAGCUCCCAAGUUAAGGAGGUCUCUCAGAAGGAGCUUUAGGGCAGGGAAGGCCAAACUGUCUUCCUCUGAUGAAGAGUACCUUGAUGAGGACUUGCUGAAAAGGAGUCGUCGCCCACCACGCCCCAGGAAACCUUCCAAGGCAGGAACAAUGCCCAGCCCAAGGGUGGAUGCAGCUUUGACACUGAAACUGGCAGACACUAGGGUCUCCAGUGGGAAUGGGUCUGUCGCCUUGGUACCCCACAGAACUUCUGAGCACAAGUCAUCACUGGUCCCCCUAGAUGCCAGGGAGCAUGAAUGGAUUGUGAAGCUUGCCAGUGGCUCUUGGAUUCAGGUGUUGACACUGUUUUGGGAGGACCCUCAGUUGGCUUUGCACAAAGACUUCUUGACUGGAUACACUGCCUUGCACUGGAUAGCUAAACAUGGCAACCUUCAGGCCCUUCAGGACUUGGUCUCAGGAGCACGGAAGACAGGGAUUGUGCUUGAUGUAAAUGUGAAGUCUAGUUGUGGGUAUACCCCACUACACCUUGCAGCCAUUCAUGGCCACCAGGGAGUCAUCAAACUGCUAGUGCAAAAGUUGUCUUCUCGGGUGAAUGUCCGGGACAGCAGUGGAAAGAAACCAUGGCAAUAUCUGACCAGUAAUACCUCUGGGGAAAUAUGGCAGCUGCUGGGAGCUCCUCGGGGCAAGCCCAUUUUCUCUGUAUAUCCCUUAGUCCAAAGCUCUUCCCCCACUAGGAAGGCCAAGAGCCGGGAAGUAUCUAGAAAUGUCACCCGAAAGACUUCCUUAGCUGCACUACUCAAAAGUCAGCACAACAAAUGGAAACUGGCCAACCAGUAUGAGAAAUUCCCUAUUCCACGGGUAGAAGAGUGUAGUGACUGAGGUGGGCCCCUCUCUCCAACAUGCAGCAACCACACUCUCAUCUUUGAGUACUCAGAGAAUUCAGGGAGAAUAGAAAACCAGCUGAGGGGUUGGUAAAGAGAGAGGUCAAGUGGAAUGGCCUCCCUGGGUUUCAUGUCAGCACAGUGGACCUUAGGAGCCAUCUCAGCUUUG